ACAAUCUUCAUGUACGAAGAUCGAAAACACGGCCGUGCGCGCGUCAGCCGAAGUUACAGCGCCCUCAUGAGAUAAUUAAUGUACCGAAUCAAACAGUGUCGUUCUUGUUCAUGGACGACGCGGUGUUUCUGUCGCUUAUUUCUUCAAAUCGAAGGUACUGGUUCAUGUAGUCCGGACAAAGCUAAUUGCUUUUGUCAAUGGUAGCCGUACCAAAUUACCAUUGCAGAGAGGAACACCCCGAAAAAUGCAACAAUGUAACCUUCCAGAUAUCACUUCAACAUGUGAUAAUAAUGUCAGGAUUGUGUAAAGCCUUCAGUCAACGACGCUGAAACAAAAUAGGUGCUACAUGUAACCCACCCAGAAAAGCAUACUAGUAAUAGUUUGUGAUGAAAGGAGCUGACCAACGAGCAACACUUGCAUAUUUUUCCAAAGCAAGCGCUGAUGGUUUCUGAAGAACAAAAUCCAUAUUUGUGGUUUUGCAGAUUGAUCAACCGUAUCGUAUCGACCAUUGUAUAAGGGCUCAACAGAUUGACCCACAUUUCAACUUCCAAAAGAAGAAUGGACUUUUCUACACCUGGAUUGAAUUCCAGUCUUCCAAAUCCUGCGGCUUACAGUGACCAUCUUUAUGCUGUAAUCACAAACUAUCGCAUUGUAUCGGAGCUGUGAAGUGAAACACAUGGAACAUCAACAGAGCAUGAACUACAUGACAACAACAACCACCUGCCGGAUGAUUACUGCAGUGUAGUUGAUACCAUUGUGCAAAGCCUUGAGCACUGCUGGUGCUGUUGAGUUUUUAUUAGUCUCAUCAGAUCUCUAGCACUAGUUAGGUUGAGUCAAGACCAGACACCAUGUUCAAGAAAUUGAAGAAGGGCCGUGACAAGGAGGGAGAGUGGGGCAAGAAUGAUGAGAAGUUGAUGCAAGCCGUGGAAGAUGGCGACAUCGAGAAGCUUCAAGCUGCCCUGGCCAAGAAAGGCACCUCUGCUAUCAAGAUGGAUCCUGAUGGAAGAGUCCCGUUACAUUUUGCAGCUGAAUUGGGUCAGUUUGGCUGUCUGGAUAUCAUGAUUCAGCAAGGGGUGACAGUCGCCGCAGCCGAUAGUCAAGGUUACACGGUGCUUCAUUACGCCUGUAUGGGCGGCCAUACUGACUGUGUCCAACGACUUGUCCUUGCCCAUGCUCCCCUCAAUGCGAAGGAACUCACUGGCAAAACUGCUCUUCAUCUUGCCGUUCUCGGAGGCCACUCUGACUGCAGCAAGGUUCUACUGAAAGCAAAAGCCUUGAUUGAUGCAACCGAAGAAUAUGGGAAAACAGCAUUGAUGAUGGCUGCCCAGCUGGGCCAUCUAGCGAUCUGUAAAGACCUGAUAGAUAGAGGAGCUAAUGUCAACGCACAGGAUCAUUUGCAGAGAACGCCUCUAAUGAUGGCCUGUGAGCAGAAUCACAAGGACGUUGUGGAUCUCCUAGUCAAGCGAGGAGCCAGGACGGACCUUACAGAUGCCCAGGGAUACGAUGCGGCGUACUACGCCGAGGAAAGCAGCGGUGAGGAAUUGAAGGAAUGUCUGGAGUCGGCGCCGUCUGUGGCUACUUGGGAUGUCAAAGCCCAUGACGAGACAGACAACGAACCCAAAGCAGACGCCAUUGAUUUCGUCGACCGCUUCGAUGCUGGUAGAUGUGAGUCUCCUAUUCCCAGAUCACCAAGGCAACAGAAUGGUAAUCUGCACCAUUUGGCUGUGACAAACCAGCAGAACUCCGCCUCGUCAGUGAAGUCAUCGCAGCAGUCCAAAGAAUUCAAGGAAAUGGAGGAGGAAAAUGAGCUGUUGUAUGACGAGCUGAGCCGUGUGACCUUGGAUCACAAGAAAGCUCAGGAAAAGAUCAAAGCGUUGGAGCAACAACUACAGCAAACCAGCAUGGUGCAUGGAGACAACUUAAGGAAUCAAGAGUUUGAAGAGGAGUUUGAGAAUCUGAAGCGAACUCUACAAGCCGAGAAAGACAAGAGAAUGAAAGCCGAGGCUGAAAUCGAAACCCUGAAAACACGGCUUGCAUCAGUUGGGGGUGACGUCACUGAAGAUGAAAUUGACAGUAACUGGGGCGAUAGCGAUGACGACCUGUUUGACCUCCCAGGCACUGGUGGCUCAGCGGUGAAAGUCAAGCCAGCCAAGAGGAUGGAUACGGCAAACAGGUUAAGCAGUGAGAGUACAGGACUGGUGGCCAUCCUUCGCAGUCAGAUAGUAUCCCUCCGCCAGGAAAAUGAAGAGCUCAAAAAGAAGAGUGUCGCCAACACAUCUACGGAAUUGGACGACAGCCGAGUCGCCCAGUUAGAAGAGGAACUAUCUUCCAUGAGGGAGGAAUUCGAUGCUGUGAAUGGGCGUGAUGUGGUCGGUGUGGAUGAAUACAAGGAACUGAAGGAAGCGAACAGGCUGGAGUUGGCAGAACUCCAGAAGAACAACAACAUCUUGAUGGAUGAGAUUGCUAACAUGUCACAGAGGCUGGCGUUUUCCACCGAUGAGAAUGAAAGGCUGAAAAGAAAAGUGAUGCAGGACGGCCGAAAGACGCCCACUCGCACUCCGAACAGCGCCCUCCAGAGACAGUAUGACGACCUCUUACAAGAGAAGCAAGACUUGGGUGAGACCGUGACCAAACACACCAUGGUUCUCGCCGAGCAAGCGGAGGAGUUCGGAAAGCUGAAGACGAAAUGCGCGGAACUGACUGCCCAGAAUAAACAGCUGCAGGGCACCUUGAGUGAAAAGUCCCAGAAUGGACUGGGCACUACGGCGGAGGAAUACGAAGCUGUGCUUACCGAGAAGGCGCGACUGGAGAACAUGGUGGCCAAGCAGUCUAAAGCAAUCGCGCAACUGAACGAACGGGCCAGACGGGAGAAACAGAAAUACGCAGAGCUCCUUGCGGAACGGGAUAAGCUCGAGGCGGGGUCCCAGAGUCAGGUGAACGGAAUCGGCGAGGGCGUUGACAAGGAUAAAUACGAUGAUCUCAUCGAGGAGAAUCACAGAUUGAGACAGAGCGUGAAGACCCAAGAAGCUAACCUUGCCAGCAGCCCAGACAAGGACCGGUAUGAUCACCUAACCAAAGAGAACUGGCGUCUUCAGGAUGAGAUCAGGAAACAAGACGACGAGAUGAUUGAACUCAGACGGGAAUUACGAAAAUCGCAACAGAGAGGCUACGGGGGAAACGACACGAGUGACCUGCCGGUGGAAAACAAGAAGCUCAAAGAUAAGAUUGAGAGAUUGGAGAGGGAGGAAAGUCGGAGAGAAGAUGAAGCCAAGAGGUUCGCUGAGCUGGUCGCCGAGAAUCAACAACUACGGAGGACAAUCCAAGAACAAGCCGAGACGUUUGAGAGCCAGCUGCCAGCGUCGGUAGGGUUCAGCAAGAAACGCUACACGGAACUCCUGACGGAGAACAGGAAACUGAAGGCUCAGGUGCAGGGGCCAGGAGUGGACAGUGGAGCAGGGUCAAGGGUCAGUGACCUGAAAGAGGUCAUCAGAUUACAGCAAAAAUUGCAAGAGGCCGAGGAGAAGUACAAGAAGAUCGUAUCUGUGUACAGAGCGCACUUGCUGAAUGCUAUACAGGAUGACUUGCAUCCCAAGGUUCACGACUCUUUGGUGAAGAUAUCCAAGAUACGACGAGGCGAGGAAUUUGUCUGACAAGACGGCGUCAAACCCAAGGUGCUAGACUACAUGUACGAAGGCCUGGUACCUGGCUUCAGUAUUAGCCAGUAGCAGCAUCACUGGUAACCCAAAUGCUUCCAUCCAAUAAAUUCAGUGAACAAUUAAGAUGAUGUUAAGAGGUCUCUAAGCAGUGUGGUAGUUGGGGGACCUGGGAUGGGUCAAAGGGAUCACAAAUUAUCCAGUCUCAUGUCAACUCAGAAACUAUUAAAAUGUAAUGUGACAUUUCCUUUGUUACUGUUCAUACCCUGUUAUUUGUGACUGGACUUGCGAUCUAUCAAAUGGUGGCAUGGGUGGCGCAGUUCUUAAAGCGCUCGCCUCUCACUACUGUGGCCUUGGUUCGAUUCCCGGCUGGGCUCAUAUGUGAGUAGAGUUGUACGUUGAUUGUCUCCUGUGCCACAAGGAUUUUUCUGUGGGUUUUCUGGUUUCCUCCCUAUUUAAAAAUCAACACUGUGCUCUGUGGUAAGACAUGGGUCGUAUUGCGGCUGCCUUAGGC